CGGCAGCGGCGCGGCGUAGUCGGUGUCGCGCCCUAGUAAACCUCACACUUCAACAUCACCCGACUUUUGCUGUCAGCGGUGUACUACCAUGAGGGCUGGAGGGGCCCCUUUAGCGGUCCUCCUGCUCAUCUCCGCUUCCCUGGUAAUAAAGGUGGCCUCCGAGGACUUGUACUGGGAGGGAGAGGAGGAUGCGUCGAACGAGUUCCUUGAGGUUAAAGAACACGAGAGCGGCCUCGCCGGUCACCUGUCAAGAAUAAAACGGCAGUUUGAUUUCUUUAACAUAUUUUCAUCAUCGUCGUCGACUACGCCGGAGCCGGGGGACAUCGAGGACACCACGGACGACCCAGCCGGCGGCGCCGCACCAUUCGACGAUGAAAACGGCGACGGUUCCGGCGCACACGUCCCCGUGGACACCUCGGAGCCGAAGGAAAAGACACUUCGUGUUACCUUCGUGGCAAUGCAACCGUACCAGGAAGAAUACUCCAACCGAGACUCGCCUCAGUUCCAGAACUUUUCCAAGUCACUGGCCAACGCCGUUAAUAAGAUAUACGAAGAACAAGGAAGAAACAGAGAAAUAUCUGGCACUCAAAGAGCAAGUCUCGUUAGGAUACAAUCUCGAGCCACUGACGACUUCUCCUGCAAGGUGACUUUAGACAUCGUAACGACGGGAUAUUACGACAUGGACAAGAUCGCUCAGAUCCUCCAGGACCACAUACACAACCGUCGCUCUCUAGAGGGAGUCGUUGUCAGCGAGGCAGACUUCAGCGCUACCAGCGUCGACCCAGCAUCAACUGAGUCGUGCCCAGACGACUGGGUCCGGUGCGACGGCGGCGCCUGCCACCCCGGCUACACACGCUGUAACGGCGUCAAGGAUUGCUCAGACGGCGCCGACGAGGCUGGCUGUCCCUCGGACGACAUUAAUGAAAUACCUAGAGGUGAAGACACUCCUCCACUGCCUGAAACAGAGAGACCCAGCUCGGAAGUAGAGCCAAACGUGCCAUCUAUAACUACUGAAUGCUACACGGAUGAGCUGACCUGUGACAACACGCGCUGCGUCUCGUUGACUAAACGCUGCGAUGGCCACAAUGAUUGCGAUGACGGCUUGGAUGAGCAGAAUUGUCCAUCGAUAGAAACAUGCGGUGCCAACGACUUCCGCUGCAACAACGGCAAAUGUAUACCUGCCUCGAGUCGGUGCAAUAGCGUAGUGGACUGUCCGGACCAUGAAGACGAAGUCGGUUGCGACUGCAAACACGGCGGCUUCCAAUGCCGGGACAGCAACCUAUGCAUUGAAGAACGAAAACGAUGCGACGGUGUAGAACACUGCAACGAUGGAUCUGACGAAAUAAACUGUCCCGCAGCUUUGCCGCCGACGACAUCACACGGGUACUUUAUGUGCAAAGACGGAACGUAUAUACUGCAAAGCCAAAGGUGCAACAGAAAUUACGAUUGCCCUCCAGGAGACUAUUCCGACGAAGUGAAUUGUCCAUGUGGUGAAGGCGACUUCAAAUGUGACAAUGGCUACUGCAUCCCGGCAUCUAAGCAUUGUGACAGAACGCAUGACUGUCAGGACCGUUCUGAUGAACGCGGUUGCACAUAUGGCACAAUAUGCAUGGCUUAUGAAUAUAAAUGCUCGAGCGGCCAGUGCGUGGUCGCCGAGGCGCAGUGCAACGGGACGGCCGAGUGCGCCGACGGCUCCGACGAGCGGAACUGCCCUGGUUGCAAAAGGGACCAGUUCCAGUGCAGGGACGGCACCUGUCUCAACGUCGCAUUGCGAUGCAACGCUAAAAGAGAUUGCCCUGGCGGUGAGGACGAGCUCCACUGCGGGCCGCAGCAAUGUCCGGCGGACCAGUUCACGUGCGCGCCUCAGUCGCAGGUGCGGUGCGCGACGCACUGCGAUGACGUAGCCGAAUGCGAUUCGGGCGAAGACGAACUCGACUGUCCAUCAUCUGAGCCGUGCGAGCACGAGUGCGACGGGAAGUGCCUGGAUCCGGCGCAGAUCUGCGACGGCGUACAGGACUGUUCCGACGGCGGCGACGAGUACUUCUGCAACAACUGCGAGGGGCCUGACAACUUCAGGUGUAAGAGCGGUGAGUGUGUGCACAAAAAUGUGCGCUGCAAUGGCUUGCCCGACUGUGAGGACGCGAGCGACGAAGAGGACUGCCACAUCAUCAUGACACCAUCGGAGAAAUGUACCGACACCCAGUUCCAGUGCAAUAACGGCGUCUGCAUUGACAUCGACUUCUACUGCGACAGUAACCCUGAUUGCACCGAUGGUUCUGACGAGGAGAACUGCCGCUGCAAGGACAACGAAAGACAGUGCCGCUCGGGUCAAUGCAUUUCAGAAAACCAAUUCUGCAACGGAGUGCGCGACUGUCCGGACAACUCGGACGAAGAGAACUGCGUCACGCCUGCUCCUUCGUUCGACCAGUUCACUACCCCGACCAGGAGGCCGAUACCCGAGUACACUACUACGUUCCGUCCGGCACCCGAGUACCCGCCGCGACCCGAGUACCCUACGCGACCCGAGUACCCGCAACGACCCGAGUACCCAACGCGACCCGAGUACCCGCAACGACCCGAGUAUCCGCCGCAACCCCAGUACCCGCAGCGACCCGAGUACCCACCGCGACCCGAGUACCCACGGCCCCCAAGCUAUCCCCCGCGGCCGGAGACUCCCCAACGUCCGAGCUACCCCCAGCGCCCGGAAUAUCCCCGGCCCCCUUAUGAGCCACCAACGAAUGUUGACAAUUCUGGAGGUUGCGAUAGAAAUCAAUUCCGUUGCGAGAACGGCCCAUGCAUAGACGCAUAUCGACGAUGCGACGGUCACAGAGACUGUCCGCGAGACGACAGCGAUGAACUCGAUUGCCCAUCCAACAGUCCAGCAGCUUUAGACCUGAAAACUUAUCCUACCGCACAAGCUGUACGUUACGCCAAAUACCAAAGUGGUGGCGACGUGGUAUUCCAAUGCCGCGACGAAGGCCCCCUGCGCGCACCAGUCAGGUGGAUUAGAGAAGGCGGCAGACCCAUCAAGCAAGGCUCGACAGAUGUCAACGGACGACUUGAAAUGACUAAAGUUUCUAUCUCUGAUAGCGGUGUAUACAUUUGCCGAGCUUUCAGCUAUGAAGGAGUUCCUGGAUCAGAAAUUAGGGUCACAUUAACUGUAGAAAACCCAACAACAACGGUGAGGCCGCAGUUUGUGGGUUGUCAACCCAACGAAGCCACUUGUGCCAACGGACAAUGUAUUCCCAAAUCUGCGGUUUGUGAUGGAAAAUUCGAUUGUACUGACCAAUCGGAUGAAGAAACUUGUCACGAGAACGGCCUAUGCGAGCCCAAUCAGUUCCGCUGCGACAACCGUCGCUGCGUGCUGAAGUCGUGGAUCUGCGACUCUGAAGACGACUGCGGUGACGGAUCCGACGAACGCGGCUGCGGCCCGGCGCGCCCCGGCGAGACCUGCUCGCAGUCCGAGUUCCGGUGUAGCGACAACCAGUGCAUACCGAAGAGCUUCCACUGCGACAACCAUCCCGACUGCUCUGACGGAGGCGACGAGAUAUGCAUUAACAUCACCAUCCGCAAGCUGCCUCAGCCGUCGCACGUGCAGCUCAACCCUGGCGAGUCCCUGAGACUCGAGUGCGAAGCCGUCGGUAUACCGGUGCCGUUCAUAAACUGGCGACUCAACUGGGGACACGUACCCGCCAAGUGCACCUCUACUAGCAUCAACGGUACUGGCGUCCUGACUUGUCCUAACAUGCAGCCGGAAGACAGUGGAGCGUACUCCUGUGAGGCAGUCAACAACAGGGCCACGGCUUUUGGCGCUCUUGACGCUAUUGUCAACGUCGAUCGUACCUCUAUCUGCCCCACUGGAUAUUUCAACAGCGAAGCGCGUUCGCCAAGCGAAUGCAUCCGCUGCUUCUGUUUCGGCGAGUCCACACAGUGCAAGAGCGCGGAUCUGUUCAUCUACAACAUGCCCACGCCUCUGGGUGAGGGCGGCACGCGUCUGGUUGGCGUGCGGCAGGAGCCCAACGGUGGGAUACGCCGCACCAACAAUCCUAUUGACCAGUAUUACUUCCAGCCUCUUAGGAACGGUGCUACGGUCACCAAACUGCAAGUGCAAGGCUACCCCUCAUCAUCGGAUUCCUUCCCGUACCUGACUCUGCCAGAGUCCUACAACGGCAACCAGCUGACCUCGUACGGCGGGUUCAUCAGAUACACUCUGACGCCCCAGUCUGCGAGACCGAAUACGGGCUAUGACACUAGAUUACCGGACGUCAUUAUUCAGGGUAAAUACGAAACUCUAAUUUACCACCGCGGCCGCAGCGACCCCCGAGCCACUAGGGUCGAGGUUCGCCUAGCGCAAGGCUCGUGGCAGAAGGCCACUCCCAACGGACUAGAGCUUGCCACCAGAGAAGAUGUCAUGAUGGCUUUGGACAACGUAGAGAUGAUAUUAUUGCGAGCGAGUGUGAAUGGUGUGGGCGUCAACAUCACCGAUUUCUCAAUGGAAUCAGCUCAGAGCUUUAACUCGGGCCUGGGCGCUGCCAAUCUCGUUGAGGAGUGCUCUUGUCCUCCUGGUUACGACGGCCUGUCCUGUGAGAAAUGUUCAUCGGGCUUCGUUCGCGAGAGCUCCGGCCUCUGGCUCGGGAACUGCGUGCGCGAGACUCCCCGCGAUUGCCCGGCGGGCAUGUACGGCAACCCGUCGAGCGGCGUCGGUUGCCAGCCCUGCCCGUGCCCGCUGACCGACCGCGGCAACCAGUUCGCGCGCACUUGCGCUCUCGGACCGAGAGGACAAGUCGUCUGUGACUGCGCUCCUGGUUACGAAGGCGACCGCUGCGAGUAUUGCUCAGAAGGCUACGAAGGCAACCCACUUGCCCCCGGCGACUACUGUCGCCGCAAGGUCGUGUCCAACUGUAACGCCAUCGGCACCCUCCACUCUCGCUUGUCUGACGAGUGCGAGUGCAAACAGAACGUGGAGGGACGGUUCUGCGACCAGUGCAAAGAAGGCUCUUUCCACCUGUCAUCGAGCUAUAAGCACGGCUGCGCAAAGUGCUUCUGCUCCGGGCUAACGAAUCAGUGCACUAGCAGCACGCUACGCCGCAACACCACCAGCGUGACCUUCAACACGCCCGAGGUGGUGGACGAAGUGAGCGUAUACCAGAGCGUGCCGCUCGGUGCGGACGGCGCGGGACGAUACGACACGCCGGUCGAGGCCUCCGCGCGCCCGCAGAUCGUUAGCGGCGAGCUGCUGCUGAAUGAAGUUGACCGAUCGCGCAAUAACAUUUACUACUGGAGCUUACCAAGAAGCUUUACCCUCGAUAAAGUGACGUCAUACGGCGGUUACCUGCGCUACGUGCUGCGUAACGUGCCCGUCUCCGCUGACAAUAACAAUGCUCCUGAUGUUCAGCUAAUCAGCCAAAACCGACAAACAUUCCACUACUUCGGCAACUUCAAUCCCUCCAACGACGGUGUGAUGGACGCUACCGUUCCAUUCCUUGAAAAAGGCUGGCAAAGAGCCGACGGUACAACGAUACCCCGCCAACAGUUCUUGCUGGCUUUAGCAGACGUCAAGGCAAUUCUAAUAAAGGCAACGUAUUCAACAAGCUACCAAAUAGCCAGUCUCGUCAGUUCUAGCAUCGACAUGGCUGAUGAGAAUGGCAACGGGCCAGUUGCCGCUGAGGUUGAACAAUGUGUUUGCCCUGAAGGAUAUUUGGGCACCUCUUGCGAGGACUGCGCUCCUGGUUUCACUAGGAGUCAAGAAGCAUUGUACCUGAGACGUUGCGUUCGUUGCAACUGUCAAGGAGGCUCGAUUUGCGACCCGAAGACUGGCGAAUGCUUGUCAUGCCCAGAAUAUACAACCGGACCCAAUUGUGAAGACUGUGUUCCUGGCUUUGUAAGAGAUUAUAGAAACAAUUGCGUGCCCGACAACCGCCGCCCUACACCGAGCCCUGACAAUUGCAACUGUGAUACCCGCGGUACAGUCGGGUACCCAGGAUGCGAUGACAGCGGCAAUUGCCAUUGCAAGGCGUCAGUGACUGGCGAGUCUUGUAACCGCUGCAGACCAGGCUCGUUCGGACUUAGCUACGAAAAUCCCGAUGGAUGUAUUAAAUGCUACUGUUCCGGAGUUACAACCGAGUGCUCUGAGGUCAGCAACUUAUACUGGGACCAAGUACCCGCACCAGUGGUCGGCGAACACAAUUACCGUAUAAUGGACCUGGCAGGGCAAAAGGUUUUGAACGACCAUUUCGUCUCCAAUCCUAAGGAAAGUGAAUUGUUGUACACGUUCAGCUUCCCACCUGACGAAGAACUAUUCUGGUCUUUGCCCUUGUCUACUGUACCAGGAAACAUGUUGCUAUCAUACGGAGGCAACUUGACGUUCAGCCAGAUGUUCGAAGUGGACAACCCGUACCCGUUCAACCAAGUGCCGUUAAUCGAAAAGAACUGGUAUGUUCUCAACACCCGUGUACCGGCAAGCCGCAACGCCUUCAUGUCAGUGCUGAAGAACUUAAGGCGGGUUCUCGUCAGAGCAACCCUCGCUGACUUGCAGAAGGAAAAACUGAUUUCCACCUCUAUUGCUAUCGUUGCCAUGGAUACGGCUUCAGAGGAACGCCGUUCUAAUGUUGCCAAGGGAAUUGAGAGUUGCAGAUGCCCUGCGGGCUACAGCGGCAGGAGUUGCGAGGCGUGUUCGCCCGGCUACUACCAGCUGAACGGGCGCUGCCUGCCCUGCAGCUGUAACGGCCACGGCUGCCACGUUGACAGUUACGACCAAGUUGUGUGCGACUGCCCCGACCCCAACUCUGCUUCGGACUGCUCCCCUCUUGGUGAAUCUGUGGUAACAACCGGCCGUCCGCCGGCUCCACCCCAGUCCAGCGUGACCGUCACGAUUUCUAGCCCCACCAUAAAGAUCCAGAAUGUCGGCAGCUACGUCAACUUCACUUGCCAGGCCAGGAGCUUCUACAGACCUGGCCCUCUCCCCGUCAGCUGGAGCAAGAAGAACGGAUACCUGCCGCAAGGACGGUACAUGAUUGACGACCAGACAGGAACGCUCACUAUCACGCGGGUGCAAGUAUCUGACAGUGGCACGUAUAUCUGUCAGACCCAUGACGGCGUUACUGCGGGUCAAGCAACAGCUACCCUUACUGUAGGAUCAAAUCCGAUGACAAGUCCAACUGUGACCAUCCAACCAUCAGUACAAGAAGUGUACGAGGGUGAGAGAGUCGAGUUAGAUUGCCUCACCGAGGGCAACCCCGCGCCUACCGUCGAGUGGCAGAGAGGCAACGGACAGCCUCUGCCUGCGAUGGUGCCGGUUGGCUCGCGGCUGAUAAUCGAAAGUGCCCGAGAAGAGGAUUCUGGAGAUUACAGAUGUAUCGCUACGAACAAUGUUGGAACCGCCGAUCGCAUAGCAAGCAUUGUCGUUCGGCCCCUGCCCUCUCGGCCGUCGCGCGAGAGACUCACUAUCAAACCAUCCGUAUCCAACGUCGUUGAAGGCCAAAGCACUAAUGUCGUAUGUACUGGAACAGCCAACAUACCACCAGGUUCCAUUAAAUGGGUCAGGCAAGACGGCAACGAAUUUGAAACCAACGUGCAAUCAUUGAACGGCGUUCUGUAUAUUGAUGUAGCUCGCCUCGAAAAUCAAGGAGUGUAUAUGUGUAAGACAACUUCUGGCCAAGUGGAUUCGAUGGCAGUACUCGUAACGGUUAUCCCCGUUGGCACCCAAUCGCCAGUAGAGAGCCCUAGCGUGGAAAUUGAUGUGAAUGAACUGAGGAUUCCGACUGGGGAAAGUGGGGUGCUUCACUGCACUGCCACGGGCAACCCUCUUCCCCAAAUCGUUUGGUCUAAGCACGAAGGUGAAUUCGGCCCAAGCACCAGCCAAAGAGGAAACAUGCUGACAAUAGCUAAUGCUCAGGAGAGCGACCGAGGGUUCUACGUAUGCAGCGCUAUCGUAGACGGGACUCCAGUCGCAUCCCAAUACGUCACUGUGGAUAUUGAAACGCGCAUUCGCCCUCGAGUGCAAAUCUGGCCCCAACAAGACGUGCGCGCCCGCAUCGGCAGUCAGUUCGAGCUCCGUUGCCAAGUGCUGGAAGGCGAACCUCGCCCCGACAUCUUGUGGUCCAGGAGCAAGGGCCGCGCACUGUCCGCCGAUGCUCAAGUUGGCCCGGCUGAAGUUAUCAGGUUCUCCAAAAUAGACGUUAACGACGAUGGCGAGUACAUCUGUAACGCCGUGAACAAAGCUGGAAACGACACGGCUACAGCCACACUAAAGGUGUGGUCCCCGCCAGAGAUCACCAUCACACCGGACCGUCUCGUCAGGGUCAGUCUGAAUGAACCCGUGGAGAUUAAAUGCAGAGCCAACGGCUACCCGGAACCUAUGGUGUCAAUACAUCUGCGCGACCAAACUGGGCGAGGGCGUGUGGUCAUACCGCCAACGCCGCUCGUGGCAAGUCUGCGGAUAGAGUCUGCGACCGACUUGGACAACAAGGACUACAUCUGUACCGCCACGUCGCUCGACCAAUCUGUCGACGAACCGUUCACCGUCGAAGUCUACAGGGGCGAUGGUGGCUUCGACAACGAGGAUGACGGAUCAGGAUUCGAACAGGAAACGUACAAUCCGGACCAACAGCCCAUCUCAGAGCCUCAGUAUGCGGCAGAAGGCCAGGACACCAACCUUUGGUGCAAUUACACUGGUGACUACGACCACGAUCUGAAGUGGUCUAGACGCGACCGUCGGCCGUUACAACGAAAUGCGGAGCUGAACAACAACCAACUAAUAAUCCAUAAUGCAACGAAGGAAGACUCUGGCGACUACGAAUGCAGCGAGGUAGACCGACGCACGCAGUACGUGCUCCGCAGCGCGUAUUUCACUCUCGAGGUGGUGCGGCCGCCGCGCGUCACGCUGCACCCGGCCUCGCAGACCGUAUCGCCCGGCCAGUCGCCUACUGUCGAAUGCAUCGUCGAGGGUGACGAUAUCCGCGAGGUCUCUUGGGAUCCUGUCGAUAAGCCAUUCUCCAGGCGUGUAGACAAGAGAGGUUCAACGCUUAUAUUCCGUCGCAUCGAAGUGGAGGACGAAGGAUUCUACAAGUGUACUGCCAAGAACGUGGUCGCUGAAGCGUCUGGCGUGGCUCAAGUUAUCGUCAGCGAGUCGGAGGGCGGGGCAUCGGUGUCGCACGAUAACGAACAGGUGGCGCGCGUGGGCCAGCAAGUGCGGUUCCGGUGCGACGCGUCCGUGCGCGCGCAGCGCCUGCGCGUCUCCUGGACCAGGGACGGCCGCCCGCUGCCGCGCUCCGCGCGCGUCCUCAACGACGGCUCCAUCUACAUCAACCCGGCCAAGAUAUCAGACUCCGGCCGCUACGACUGCACUAUUAAGGACGAAUACGGAAGAAAUAUUAUUACCAAUUACAUCAACCUCCGAAUCGAGGGUAUCAAAAAGUGCUCGGAAACGCAAUUCCGUUGUAGUGACGGGUCUAGUUGCGUAGACAAUGAGCUCAUAUGCGACGGCCGAAACGAUUGUGAGGACCAUAGCGACGAAAUAUGUUUAACAAACACGCAGAUGUCCAACACUCUUUCGGAUUAUCCGCCAUAUACCGGGCCCGCCGUAGAAGAGCAAGCGCUCGUUACGAUCAGCCAGCCUAACCAGCGGUUCCACGUCGGAGACAACGUAGAAGUGCUGUGCAGAACUGCCACCCCUGACGUGGUCGCCUCGUGGGAGAGACUUGGCACACGCCAGCACGUUGACCAACAGCGCUUUGGCGAAGGCUCGGCACUGAUUUUGAACAGUGUUGCGGAGUCAGAUGCUGGCACAUAUAGAUGCACCGGAACCGACCAGUAUCAACGAACGUCUUCUGAUGAUUUCAAUUUGGAAAUACAACCAGUGCCAGUUGGCCCUCAAUACCCGGCCAUCCGAGACACGACGUUCUCUGCAGGCGUUGGGCAGCCAACUUACCUUCCGUGCCCCAACCUCGAGCCGGGCGCGACAGUAGAAUGGAGACGUGAAUAUGCCCCUCUCGCUCCUGAAGCCAGAGCCAAUGAGGCUAACCUGUAUAUAAAAACCGUGAGCGAAGCGGACGCCGGCACAUACAUCUGCCGCGUGAACAACGGGCGCGCCGUGACGGAGGGGCGCGUGUUGCUGAAGGUCACCGGCGUGGUGCCGCAGUUCAACCGGUUCAGCUACCUGGCGCUGCCCAACUUGCCUGAUGCUUACACGCAAUUUGACAUCGAGAUCUCCUUCAAACCUACUGAUUCCGACGGUCUUAUCCUCUUGAAUGGACGGACUGGCACAUUCGUAGCCUUAAGGCUGUACAGCGGCCAGCCUGAGAUGGUGCUUGACGCUGGUUCCGGGCCCAUCACUGUCAUGGGAGACCGACCUUUGCAACUCAAUACAUGGCACACAGUUCGUCUAAGCCGAAUGGACACUAAAGUAUCGAUGAACGUUGACGACGCUGGGCCAUUCACCGCCGUGAUCCCGACACAGCUCGCUGUAAUGGAUCUCAACAACCCGCUGUACAUUGGAGGGUUACCGGACAACAUACAGCUGCCGGCCGCACUGGCGAACACACCAGGGUUCACCGGCUGCGUAGGAAUGCUCAUCUUGGGUAAACAAGAACAGGACAUAAUGGCGAACAGUUACAAAUACGGGGUUACCGAGUGUGAUUCAUGCUCCCCUAACCUCUGCCUGCACGGAGGUGUAUGCCAGGAGGCUCGCAACGAACGCGGAUACGUGUGCCUGUGCCCAGCCGGGUACGCGGGCCAGAACUGCGACCACACGGGCGAGGGCUGCCGCCCGCACAUCUGCGGGCCUGGCAAGUGCACCGAGGUCGGCGGAACCUACAAAUGCUCCUGCCCCAUCACGCACGCUGGACACAACUGCGAACGCCAGCAGUCCAUCGAGUACCCCGCGUUCACCGGGAGCGCGUACCUAGCGAUCUCGGCGCCACCGUCCACGCGCUCUCUCUACAUGUCCCUGAAGAUCAGAGCUAUGAGCCCGGUCACUGACGGCAUCAUCAUGUAUUGCGCCGAGUCGGAGCUGGGCCACGGAGGAUUCACGUCGCUCGCUGUUAAAGACCAACGACUGGAGUUCCGCUACCAGACAGGUGACUCAUACCAACCCGCGAUCCUGGCCAGCCAGCGUCAGCUCCGCCCCAACGAGUGGACCGAGGUGACGCUCACGCGCUCCGGCCCCACAGUGCGCUUGACCAUCAACAGCGAAACCGUCUCCAACAUCUUACCUCAACCCAACCAACUUGGAGAGCUUCACUUGAAAACACCCAUGUACGUGGGCGGCGUGGAUGACUCAAACAUCGUGCUGAACAGAAACGUCGAAGUGACGGGUGGAUUCAGCGGAUGCAUCAAGGAUGUACUAGUGCAAGAUAAUAAGGUGAACAUCGUGAACGCGUCGAUAAUCUCCGCCAACGUUCAGGAGUGCAGUAGCUACGACCGAGGAGACAUCCAGUAUGAGCCUGAGAAUUCUGAGGACUUGGGCGUAUGCUCUCGCUGCAUGAACGGCGGGCGUUGCGCCCCCGGCGGAAACAGCUGCCAGUGCCCGGCCGGGUACUCCGGGACAUACUGCGAGAGCCGCUCGGCAGCGCGCUCGCCGUGCAGCCCCAACCCCUGCAUUCACGGCGCCUGCCGCCCCGCCACCAACCGCCAGGACAGGUUCAACUACACCUGCGACUGCCCGCUUGGAUUCGGUGGACAGAACUGCCAUAUUAAACUGCAACUCCACCACAGCGUCGGUUUCGACGGCAACGGUUACAUCGAGCUGGCGGCCGACAACCUGCGUUACGACAGAUAUCCCGUGGAGUUUGGAAUGGCUGUUGUGACCACCAGCUCCGAUGGCGUACUUCUCUACCAGAGGGAGACCAACGCCGGCGACCGGGGAGACUAUGUGCUUUUGCGAUUGGAAAACGCGCGCGCGGUGUUGGAACUGGACCUCGGAGAUGGGCCCAUCACUUUGAGAGAAGACUUGGUGGAUGUGAGCGACGGGGAGCGCCAUGUGAUCGCAGUUAGAAUAUAUCAAAAUAAACAAAUAGAACUGAACGUCGAAGAAAGGAGACAAACUCAAACCUAUCCGGGAUUGACCGGCGUCAUGAGUGCAGACUCCAACAUAUAUAUUGGAGGUAUACCCGACGCGCUGAACAAGUGGCACUACCCCGGUAUGACGGGCUGCUUCGAGUCGAUCGAGCUCACCAAGAACUACCAGCAGAGGUACACCGUCAACCUGGACACGGCCGCCGUGGCCGGACGCAACACCCAACGAUGCAAGGACAGGCGCCCUUAGGAGACAUAAAUGAGCGGCGUUUACACUAUUCGCCACAAUUCCACGAAUUUUAGGGAUACUGAUAGAUGUAAUAAAUUACUCUAGUUUUAAUUUUUUUCUCAAGUCUGCAUAGCGCCGUAUUUUUAGAUUUUCGUUAGCAAAAGAGGAUAAAACUGAUUAAUUUUCCGGACCCAACCAUUACAAUAUUUAUCAAUUGCAGAUCAAACAAACCCUCGUGUAGUUCAAAUGUAUUAUUAUAUUACCUACUUGUUGUUUACAAUGAGUUAACGUAAAUAUGAAAACAUUUCGUCAAUAUGUAGGUAUAUGUAAUAUGUAUAAUAAACAUACGAUCUAUUGUCUUUUGAAUAAUAUUAUAAUGAAAAUCCUUUUAUAUUCGUGGAAUAUGCUAGGUCUGCCAGACACAAUGAAUUAUAAGCGGCUAGUUGUUUGUAACGAUAAACGAUGCUUCGUCUCCUAAGUAAUUUUUAAUUAUUUUGUAAAUUGAUGUCAAUGCAAAUUCUAGACUUUGAUACAGUACUACCAGAGACUGUCGGUGUUCUUAGUUUUUGUUGGAAACACGAACGAAGAAAUAAACGAUCGACUUUGAGCUGCGAAUGUGAGUGAAUGAUACCUACAGACAAUCGAUAGCUCUUGAAAUAGGUAGUAUUGUUCAUGGUUAAACAUGUAUAGAACUAAUUAUAUUGAACUUUUCAGGACAAUACUGCUAGCUUAGUUAAAUCGUUAAUGGUUAAUGAAAAUGUAUGUAAACUAUUAAUUAAAUACUUAUUGCUUAAUGUUUAUGAUGGUGAAUCCUAUCAUAUCAUGGGUGCUUAUAGAAGCACGACGAUUUGGUGCCAUAAGAUUUUAAUAAAUCAUUAUAUAUUGAUAUGUAGAUAGGAAAAUAUUCAAUAUUCUCAAUUUUAUGUGUUAGUUUAGUUGUCUAACGUAACUUUAACACUUAGGUACUGAUAGAAGUUUAAGUAUCAAAAGUGACUCCAGUCAUCAGUUGGCAAUAGGCGACCAAUCAGUGUCCGAGUACCCUAUUUAUAAUUUACUUUAAUGUGUAUAAGUACAACUUUACCAUUUAUUUAAUCAUUAUUAUACUUUAUCAGCUUCCAACGUUGUAAUGAAAAGAUUGUGCCAAAAUUGAUAGUUUGUUCCUUCAUUUUUAUUUGACACUGCCAUUUUGUUGCAUUUUAAUACAAUAGAUAUAAGUAAAUAACGAGUAAAUCUAUUUCUCCUUCGCUGUCUAGAACAACGAAUAUUCUAAGUUUAAGCUGUUUUGUAACUAUAUUAAUUGUGAUGGCAUUUAACUUAAUUUUACAUCUCCAGUGAUGGUUGCACUAUUAAAUAAGUUUAAUAUUACGUGUGGAUAUCGACAGAAUGUUAAACUGUUGAGAUCGAGGAAAUGUUGUGUUAAAUAUAAUUAACAUUAAAUAUGUACGUUUACAAAAUAUAUAUGAGCACUGAACAUAUUUAAAUAAGCUAUAUACAUGUGUAAUUAAUUACAGAACUAAAUUCUGAUGCUGAUCGUCUUGUUUAUGGAUGUUAAGAUAACGAAUGCAACUAACAAAUAAAUAAUACAGUGUA